AUGGAUUCGACAUACGAGACUAAAAAUCACAACGCGGAAGAUUCGGAAGCCUACAAAGAAAAUACACACACAAGUGGGCGUUAUAGUGUUGAACGACAUUAUAGAGAUCAAAGGAGCUACAGUAGAUCUCCCAGAAGGUCUAGGGACCGACGCAGACAUAGAACUCGUAGCACCAGUAGCAAAUAUAGAAACCGACAUCAUAGAUCCCACGGCAGAAGACGCUCUUACCGUAGAUCUUACAGUGAUGACUCUGAUGAUUCCAGAGAUAGACGUAGGCGUAAAAGUAGGCGGUAUUCCCGCAGUUCAUCCAGGGAAUAUAGACGCAGAGAUCGCAAGAGAUCCGUAGAUGAUAGCCAAUCAUCUGACAGGGGAGAUCGAUACUCCAGACAUAGGGACGUGGAAAAAAAAACUCGUGAACAAGAAAAUGUAGUGGAAGAUCCGGAGGUGGUACGCAGAAGAGAAUUAGAAUUGAAGAGGAGAAAGGAAAUUGAAGAAGCUCAGAGAGCCGACUUGACUGUGCUUGUAAUUAAUUUGAGUCUCAGUGCAGACGAAAGAGACAUAUACGAGCUUUUCAGUGAGCAUGCUGGAAAGGUCCGAGACAUUCAAUGCGUACGUGAUUUGAGGUCAGGGAAAUCAAAGGGUAUUGCCUAUGUCGAAUUUUAUACACAAGAAUCAGUUAUUAAAGCAUUGUCCAUGACAGGAUUAGAUUUAAAGGGUCAGAGAAUUAAAAUACAAUCUUCGCAGGCCGAAAAGAAUAGAGCUGCAAAGGCAGCUAAGAUGUUGCAGCAAACAGCUAUGGAUGCUAGUGAUUCUCCCUUCACCAUUUAUGUAGGCGGCUUGAUUGGUGCAUUAUCUGCCCUCAAUGAAGUAGAAUUGAAGCAGCUAUUUUCUCCCUUUGGCACGAUUAUAGAUGUCGAAAUAUUUAGGGAUCCAGAAACAGGAGAAUCAAAGGGAUAUGCAUUCCUCAAAUUUAGAAGGUCUUCUGAGGCUAAGGAAGCAAUGAAUACAAUGAAUGGAUUCGAUAUUGGAGGUCAACAAAUAAAGGUUGGAUAUGCAAAUUUGAAUACCACAGAUUCCAAGAGCCGAUUGUCAUCGCUUGGUGAUGUUGAUAUCGAACGUUUGGAUGACGAUGGCGGUGGUCUUAUCUCCGGUGCAACUAAUAAAAUCGCUCUCAUGGAAAAGCUUCAGAGAACCACUGCGGCUCCAAUAUCUGCUACCUUUUCAAGCGGAAAAGCAUCUGGACCAACCAGCAACAUUAUCCUCAGCAACAUGUUUACUGCGAAUGAUCCUGGCGCUGAUGAACCAAACUUUUUUGUCGAAAUUGAAGAGGAUGUGAAAGAAGAGUGUGAAAAGUACGGCAAAGUCGUUGCUGUCUAUUUGAAUAAGAAAACAAUUGAUGGCAAGGUUUGGGUUAAAUUUCAAAAUUCUACAGAUGCCAGCACUGCCUACAAGGGUUUGAACGGAAGGUAUUUUGCUGGGAAUACAAUCAAGGUGGAAUAUGUAACUGACGACUUUUGGAGACAACAUAUCCACUGA